AUGGAUGGACAACAUCCGGAUGUUGACUCGCAACCAGAGGAGCGAGCUGCGAAGCGAAUUAAGAUUGACGACGCAGGUGCUGCUCUGGACCACAAGGGAGAAAAUGACCAAGAGACGGCUCAAGUUCCUCAGAACGGCAAUCAUGUAGAGAGUUCGGACAACCAAACCCAGCCGGUGUCUGAGACUUCAAAACCAUCAGAGGAGAAUGGUGAACCCGCAGAUCGGGUCAAGGGCAUGGCUCCUAUUAAGAAGGAAUACCUCAUCGAUAUGUCAGGGAACCAGAGUGAACGUGCUGCUGCUGUGGACGACGACGCUGCUGAGGGUCGAGGUUCUAAUGACCGAGACCAGAGAGAUGGGCAAGAUGCGAGAGAUCGAGGAAAGAAGGGGAAGAAGAAGGCAAAGGGCCAGAACAUUGAUCGUUCAUUUGGAAGAUUUGACGAUGCUAUUCCCCUCUGCAACAGCAGGGCUUACUCUGCAGAAUUCUCGCCAAAGGAAUGCCAGUACGGUGAUGGGUGCAAGAUGUGCCACGAUCUACGCAAAUACCUGAGCGAGGGCCGUCGCGAAGAUGUCGAGGCUCUCGGCGGGAAAUGCCCUGCAUUCGAGGCGUAUGGCUACUGCGCUUCAGGCUGGAAGUGCCGGUUUGUCAAGAGCCACAUGCAAGAAAUUGAGCACGCCGAUGGUAGGAAAGAGCUGGUUUUGAGCGACAACCGUCCGCCCAAGGUGGAGCACAAGGAGCCGCCCAAGGAAGAAGAGUCUGCUCCUCUGGAGACUUCGGAAGAAAAGGGAUCAAAGUUUGAGGAGAGGGGGAAAAGCGAAGACGAACUGCGACCCGGCAUCUUCAACGUUGUGACUAUGGGUCAGAAAAUUGAAUUGAACCGCAAGAGACUCGACUUUACCAAGGCAGACGAAUACAUCAAAUGGCUGAAUCACGAGGCCGGCAUCAGCCAGGACUUUCAUCACCGUCGCAAAGAUCAACCGGCUCUGGGCCUCGAAGACCUUCGGGCUCGAUUUGUCGACCCCCCGUUCAAGCCAUCCGAGAAGCGCCGCCUGUACUUUGGCGCAGAGACCCCGACUCUUGCUCCUUUGACAACUCAGGGCAACCUCCCAUUUCGACGUCUAUGUGUAGAACUCGGCUGUCAAGCGACUUACUCAGAAAUGGCUUUGGGAAUGCCCCUGCUUCAGGGCUCCAAGCCUGAUUGGACCUUGAUGCGCGCUCACAGGUCUGAGAUUACGCCGCCCAAGAUGAAUCCGGGAGCUAUCCCUUUGUUCGACGACUAUAACCAUUCGCGCGAUCUCAAGUUUGGUGCCCAAAUAUCAGGUAGUGCUCACUGGGUUGUCACCAAGGCUGCUGAUGUUCUCAACCGCUACUGCCCUCAUCUCCGAGUGAUUGACCUCAACUGCGGUUGCCCAAUCGACAAGGUCUUCAAGUCAGGUGCUGGAUCUGCUCUUCUUGAUGCCAGUGGCAAAAUGGAGCGUAUGAUCAGAGGCAUGAAUGCUGUGUCUGGCGAGAUUCCCAUCAGCGCCAAGAUCAGGACCGGAGUUCGCAAGGACCGCUCAACCGCCACCCAGAUCAUCGGCAAACUGGCCUUUGGAUCUCGCGAGCAUCGCGAACGACUUGGUGCUCCUGGGUGCGCGGCACUUACUCUUCACGGCCGUAGUCGCGAGCAACGGUAUACCAAGACGGCAGACUGGGGUUACAUUGGCGAAUGUGCUGCUCUCAUCAAGACAUACAACGAUGAAAAGGCCAAGAUCACCGACACCAUUGCUGAGCCAGAUGAGAGCACCCUAGCCAACUCAAAGGACGGACGCAUGUACUUCCUCGGCAACGGCGACUGCUUUUCCCACGUCGAUUACUAUGAGCACCUUGAAAAGGCUCGCGUCGACACCGUCAUGAUUGGCCGUGGAGCCCUCAUCAAGCCGUGGAUCUUUGAGGAAAUCGAAAAGGGCCAAUACCUCGACAAGUCUUCCACCGAACGCCUUGGCUACAUUGAAAAGUUUGUCAAAUAUGGUCUCGAGGCGUGGGGCUCGGACGAACUGGGCAUCGGCUACACCAGACGCUUCCUCCUCGAGUAUCUUAGCUUCGCGCACCGCUACGUGCCAAUUGGUCUGCUGGAGCACUUGCCUCCACGACUGAACGACCGGCCACCGGCGUACAAGGGCAGAGAUGAGAUGGAGACGAUGAUGGCAUCUGACAACUACAAGGACUGGAUCAAGAUAAGUGAAAUGUUCCUCGGACCCGUUCACCCAGGAUUCCAGUUCCAGCCCAAGCACAAGUCGAACUCUUACGAAGCUGAAGGCUAG